UGUUAUAUUGUGGCUUCCUAAUUAUACCAAACACCAUACAAAUUAUUUAGUUUAUUUGAAUUUUAAGUUUUGAAAAUGCAAUUUUCAUUGUAAUCUGUUUUUUUAACAAUGUAUUUACUACAUAUUCAAUGUAAUAUUAUUAUAAAUUUUUUUUUAUAUAUAUUAAAUAUAAAUAUAAACAAUGUCUCGUAAUAUGUUAAAGAUGAACCCGGGAUUCAUUAUGAACUAUUAUUAUUUUAUUAAUGAAUUAUUUUAAGCAUACAAUGUGGCUUCCACAUUAUAUCAUAAACCAUUCAAAUUAUUUAGUUUAUUUGAAUUUUAAGUUUUUAAAAUACAAUUUUCAUUGUAAUUUGUUUUUUUAAUAUGUAUUUACUACCUACUCAAUAAUAUGCGUUAAAAAAAAAAACUUAUUACAUACAUAUAUAUAUUAUAAAUGGUGUCAUAUCAUUUUAACAUGUGUCAAAUGAACUCAGUCGUUUGGAUGAUCGACAAUGGACUCUUGUUGUAAAUUGCAUAUAAUAUUCGAUAUAAACAUAACAUCUUUGUAAACUGCUAUUAUCUUUAUGGUGUUUGUUACCAUAGAAAUGCUUGAACAUGACAAUAAUGUCAAUGAAUUAGAUAUAGGACUUAAUAUUGUUUUCUAGCUUGUUUAAUUUAAUUUUUUGUUAUUCAUUUUUAUAUUUAUACUGCCUAAAAAUGUGGAUAAUAUGCAUAAUUGCGGUUUUGACUUGUGUACCUACAUGAUAACUGAAGAUUUCCUGUAAUUUUUAUCACGUUUAAAUGGUUUUGUGUGUGGUUGGGGUUGUUGAUAACGAUUAGUAUAUUUUCGUUGCCCUAACAACCCGCAUAGCGGAUAAUAACUAAACGUCUAUGCGUAGCUGGUACCUACAAUAAAGCUGUGAAAGUUGUUGCCGUCUCAGCAGUUCGACCACGAUAUGGCCAAUAAUAAUAAACUGGAUUUGGUCACUUCAGAUUUGUUCAACGACCAGGUCACCUUAGGUCUGUUGACCGUUCUCGAGAACACUGCUGGCGUGAGAAACUUGACGGUCAAACAGAGUUUACCGUGUGAUAAGGCAAAAAUAAGUCUAUGGGAACAACGGAAUGGGUGUCAACUACCAGACGACGUCAAGUCGUUUUACUUAUCUUGUGAUGGAUUCAAGUUGACCUGGUCGUAUAGAGUUGAAGGCAUCACGUCUGAUGUGACAGCUGCUGCUGUUGGUGGCGCGUCCAAUUUGCCCAUUGGAAACAUCACCGUGAAUCCGCUGUCCGACCUGGUCCGGCUGUGCGACGUCAAAUCGGACACGGUCAAUGUAAACGUGAUGCGUGACCUGCAGUUACUGGACCGUCUGUCCGACAGGAACACGCCAGACUUCACGGAUAACUCGAAGAUAUUUGAACUGGACUCGAGUUCGGACGUAGGCCAUGUGUGCCUGGUGUACUUGGAUAGCCGGGAGCCGGUGGGGUGUGUGGCGGCGAACCGGUCGGACGUUCAUCCACGCGAAGAGAACAGCAGCGCGUCAAUUUGGCUAUUGGACACCACAUACCGCUGGCACAAGCUCGCCCCGAACUUCAGCAACUAUUUCAGAAAGGCUCUGGUCCACAUGGGCCUUCCCCACUGGCAACUCAAGUUUACCGACAUGGGACUCACGUCCAUCGGUGAGUUUUUCAUGAAUUUGGUGGCCCCUCAAUUGAAUGUGACCGAUCGAGUUCCUAUAAUCGGCCAAUUAGACGAUGACGAGCAGUCUACCAUAGAUAACGCUGCACCGCUAAACCACUUUGAUCCUAGUAUUUUAAAAACCACGUUCAAAAUGUCCAAAAGUAAAAAAAAUGCAAUCAAAUAAGAGUUCCUACUUGAAUUAAGUUAUUUAUUUUAUUUAAUGGACAAUUAAUAUAAAACAAAAUUGUUUGAAAAAUCAUUAAUUAUAUUAAGUUUAAAAUAAAAAUAUUUAUAUAU